GUCAGUAGUAGUCAGUAGUAGUUUAUAGUAGUCUGUAGUAGUCUGUAAUAGUUUAUAGUAGUCUGUAGUAGUUUAUAGUAGUCAGUAGUAGUCAGUAGUAGUCAGUAGUAGUCUGUAGUAGUCUGUAGUAGUCAGUAGUAGUCAGUAAUCUUUCAUCUUCAGACUCAGGAUGGACAGCAGGUGGAGUUUCCCUUGGAGGUGGUCCUACUGAGGAUCGUGGGAGGUAGGGGUGAGGCUACGGGGGAGGGGAUGGGUGAGGUUGUCCCUCCUCCCCGUGCUGCGGUGGCCUUGCUGGACUGGUUUGAGCUGGAUCGGGAGUUGGUGCUGGUUCUGGAGAGACCAGUUCCCUGUAUGGACCUCUAUGACUACAUUCAGAUGAGAGGAGGAACUCUGAAGGAGGAACACGCUAGGGUCAUCCUGAGGCAGCUUGUUGAAGCGAUGAGAGAGGUCCAUUCCAGAGGUGUUCUCCAUCGUGACCUCAAACCGGAGAACGUUCUAGUAGAAACCGGUUCCACCUGGCCUCGGAUCAGGGUCCUAGACUUUGGCUGCGGCUGCAUUCUCAGAGAUGGGCCUUACACAGAGUGUUACGGUACGUCCCAGUACACCCCUCCAGAGUGGUUUCUGAGCGAGUCGUACCGGGCCGGUCCCUCCACAGUGUGGCAGCUGGGGGUUGUGCUGUACGACAUGCUGUGUGGGGACCAGCCCUUCAACACACGACGAGAGAUCAUCUAUGAAGAGCCUUACAUCAAGGAUCAACUGUCCCGACACUGUGUGGAUCUGUUGAGGAGGUGUCUGGCGAAGCGACCCCGAGGACGGCCCACUCUGGACGAGAUGUUACUCCACCCCUGGCUCCAGCCGGACACGCCCCCUGGCUCCAGCCGGACACGCCCCCUGGCUCCAGCCGGACACGCCCCCUGGCUCCAGUGAACCGGACACGCCCCCUGGACAGACCUGCAGCUUGUCACCUGAACCCGACAUAAACAUAGAUUUUUAAAACAUUUUUUUGAACCGACUUUGAAAAUUGACUCCUUCAACGUGAAAAUAUAAACUUUGAACAAAUAUCAUACUUUUAUCAUUCAUGAUUUGUUACUCUGUCACACACACACACUCUACCCUGCUCCACCCGGUACUCUGCCCUGCUACCACCCGGUACUCUGCCCUGCACCACCCGGUACUCUACCCUGCUACCACCCGGUACUCUACCCUGCUACCACCCGGUACUCUGCCCUGCUACCACCCGGUACUCUGCCCUGCUACCACCCGGUACUCUGCCCUGCUACCACCCGGUCCUCUACCCUGCUACCACCCGGUACUCUACCCUGCUACCACCCGGUUCUCUACCCUGCUACCACCCGGU